AUGAGGAUCGAUUUGCCACAACCAAGGAAAGAAUGGCUUACGCGUAGAAUUUCACAAUCACUAUUGGAGAAACAUUUCAUCAGAUGCCAUUAUCCACCUACUAAAUUGCGAUCCGAAAAAAAGACCGAUUGCAGAGCAAGUGCUAAACCUAAAUGGCUUACGGGUAAAACGGCAAUGGACAUUGACUUACUGAAUGACUUUGUCGCAAACUUUAAUACUCAUAGAACAUUUGAAAGAGUGAUGGAAGUUGCUCAAGCGGCGAACAGACUCGAGAAAAAUGCUACAAAAAAACCUGAUAGUGAGGAUGACGAUGAAGAACAACAAAAUAUGCAAGAACAUCAAAUCAUAAUCAAAAGCAGGCCCAGGAUAUCGAAACGGAUCUGGAUGUAA